AUGUUUUUUUUUUUUUGUCCAGAAUAUUAUCGUCCUGAGUUAAAGCCUUUUCUUACGAUCUAUUUUCUCUUUCUUUCUUUCUUUCUUUCUUUUUCUUUUCUUUCACUGGGUAGCCUUUCUUACGAUCUAUUUUCUUUCUUUUUUCUUUUUCUUUUCUAUUUUCUUUUCUUUUUUUCUUUCUUUUUCUUUCUUUCUUUCUUUCACUGGGUAGCCUUUUCUUACGAUCUAUUUUUUUUUCUUUCUUUCUUUCUUUCUUUCUUUCUUUCACUGGGUAGCCUUUCUUACGAUCUAUUUUUCUUUUCUUUCUUUCUAUUUUUCUUUCUUUCUUUCUUUCUUUCUUUCUUUCACUGGGUAGCCUUUCUUACGAUCUAUUUUCUUUCUUUCUUUCUUUCUUUCUUUCUUUCUUUCAUUCUUUCUUUCUUUCUUUCUAGCCUUUCUUACGAUCUAUUUUUCUUUCUUUCUUUCUUUCUUUCUUUCACUGGCCUUUCUUACGAUCUAUUUUCUCUUUCUUUCUUUCUUUCUUUCUUUCUUUCACUGGGUAGCCUUUCUUACGAUCUAUUUUCUCUUUCUUUCUUUCUUUCUUUCUUUCACUGGGUAGCCUUUCUUACGAUCUAUUUUCUCUUUCUUUCUUUCUUUCUUUCUUUCUUUCACUGGGUAGCCUUUCUUACGAUCUAUUUUCUCUUUCUUUCUUUCUUUCUUUCUUUCUUUCUUUCACUGGGUAGCCUUUCUUACGAUCUAUUUUCUCUUUCUUUCUUUCUUUCUUUCUUUCUUUCUUUCACUGGCCUUUCUUACGAUCUAUUUUCUUCUUUCUUUCUUUCUUUCUUUCUUUCUUUCUUUCACUGGCCUUUCUUACGAUCUAUUUUCUCUUUCUUUCUUUCUUUCUUUCUUUCUUUCUUUCUUUCACUGGGUAGCCCUUCUUACGAUCUAUUUUCUCUUUCUUUCUUUCUUUCUUUCUUUCACUGGGUAGCCUUUCUUACGAUCUAUUUUCUCUUUCUUUUCUUUCUUUUCUUUCUUUUCUUUCUUUUCAUUCACUGGCCUUUCUUUCGAUCUAUUUUCUUUCUUUCUUUUUCUCUUUCUUUCUUUUUCUUUCACUGGCCUUUUCUUACGAUCUAUUUUUCUCUUUCUUUCUUUCUUUCUUUCUUUCUUUCUUUCUUUCACGAUCUAUUAGCCUUUCUUGAUCUAUUUUUUCUUUCUCUUUCUUUUCUUUCUUUCUUUCUUUCUUUCUUUCACUGGCCUUUCUUUACGAUUUAUUUUCUUUCUUUCUUUCUUUCUUUCUUUUUUCUUUCUUUCACUGGCAUCCUUUCUUACGAUCUAUUUUCUCUUUCUUUCUUUCUUUCUUUCUUUCUUUCACUGGGUAGCCUUUUCUUACGAUCUAUUUUUCUUUCUUUCUUUCUUUCUUUCUUUCACUGGGUAGCCUUUCUUACGAUCUAUUUUCUCUUUCUUUCUUUCUUUCUUUCUUUCUUUCUUUCACUGGGUAGCCUUUCUUACGAUCUAUUUUCUCUGUCUUUCUUUUUCUUUCUUUUUUUUCACUGGGUAGCCUUUCUUACGAUCUAUUUUUCUCUUUCUUUCUUUCUUUUUUCUUUCUUUCUUUCACUGGGUAGCCUUUUCUUACGAUCUAUUUUCUCUUUCUUUCUUUCUUUCUUUCUUUCUUUUUUCACUGCCUUUCUUUCUUAUUUUCUUUUUCUUUUUUCUUUCUUUCUUUCUUUUUUCUGGGUAGCCUUUCUUUUCUACUUUUUUUCUUUCUUUCUUUCUUUCUUUCUUUUCACUGGGUGGCCCUUCUUACGAUCUAUUUUCUCUUUCUUUCUUUCUUUUCUUUUUUCUUUCUUUCUUUCUUUAGGUAGCCUUUCUUACGAUCUAUUUUUUCUAUUUUUCUUUCUUUCUUUUUUCUUUCUUUCUUUUCUUUCUUUCUAUUUUCUUUCUUUCUUUCUUUCUUUCUUUCACUGGGUAGCCUUUCUUACGAUCUAUUUUCUCUUUCCUUCUUUCUUUCUUUCUUUCUUUCUUUUCUUUCACUGGGUAGCCUUUCUUACGAUCGAUCUUUCUUUCUUUUCUUUCACUGGCCUUUCUUUUACGAUCUAUUUUCUCUUUCUUUCUUUCUUUCUUUCUUUCUUUCUUUCACUGGGUAGCCUUUUCUUACGAUCUAUUUUUUCUUUCCUUCUUUCUUUCUUUUCUUUCUUUCUUUUCUUUUUUCACUGGGUAGCCUUUCUUACGAUCUAUUUUCUCUUUCUUUUUUCUUUCUUUCUUUCUUUCUUUCUUUUCUUUCACUGGGUAGCCUUUCUUGAUCUAUUUUCUAUUUUCUUUCUUUCUUUCUUUCUUUCUUUCUUUCACUGGGUAGCCUUUCUUACGAUCUAUUUUCUCUUUCCUUCUUUCUUUCUUUCUUUCUUUCUUUCUUUUCACUGGGUAGCCUUUUCUUACGAUCUAUUUUCUUUCUUUCCUUUCUUUCUUUUUUUUUCUUUCUUUCUUUCUUUCACUGGCCUUUUCUUACGAUCUAUUUUCUUUCUUU